AUGUUCAGCUUGAUGGGAGGUGGGCUGCUGUGUGCAGUUUCUGGCCUCAUCCUCCUCAUAGUUGCCACGGCGACGGACUUCUGGAUGCAGUACCGCUACUCAGGCAACCUAAGCAACCAAGGCCUCUGGCGGUUCUGCGUGGGAAGCAAAUGCCAUCCACAUACCAUCACCCUUGCCUUCUGGGAUGCCACUCGGGCAUUCAUGCUUCUCUCUAUCCUCUCCUCCUUGGCUGGGAUCACCUUGGGGCUGACUGCCUACUCCAGCAAUGCCCGGUCCACGCGCACUCGCGCAGCAGGAAUCACGCUGUUGAUUGCAGGCCUCUUUGCCUUGCUGGGUGUAUCAGUCUAUACGGGAGUGACAGUGAAUUUCUAUGGAAAACGCUAUCCUGACUGGCGUUUCUCCUGGUCCUACAUUUUGGGUUGGAUCGCAGUCAUCCUUACCAUCUCAGCAGGUGUGUUCCACAUUUGCGCUGUCCCCAGGAAUUCAUCUCCUGAUGGCUCCAACGUGGCAAGUGGUUGA